CGUACAUGUGGAUUUAAGAGAGAGAGAGAGAGAGAGAGAGAGAGAGAGAGCAAGUAUUCCGACUGUAUUUUACACGUAUAAAGAUUAUUGUUGAUAAACACCAUUUGAAUUUUUUAUCAAUUAUUCUUAAAUAGAUUUACGAAUUUCAACAAACGCAAAUCCAUAUGUGAUCGAACUUUUGAACCAGAGUACCAUGUGUGGAAUCUGUUGCAUUCUUGGACCUAAGGAAAAAAUUGAACAACACGAUAAGAAUUUGGUUUUGGAAUCACACAUUAGUCACCGUGGUCCAGAUGCUUCCAACUGGACAUCGUUCAGUGUGUCUGAGGAAAUCAGUGCAACCCUGUAUGGCUUUGUUCUUCAUCUAAGGGGUCAGCUAACCAUGCAACCACUGACCGACCAAAAUGGUAACAUACUGUUAUGGAAUGGAGAGAUAUUUGAUGGUUUACCAGAGUUACAAGAAGAUGACAAUGACACUGAAGCAUUGCUAACAGCCCUGUCACACUGUCACACCGAUGAGGAGAUCUUGUCUGUGCUCUCACAUCUACAGGGCCCUUGGGCUUUUAUUUAUUGGCAAGUUGAAAGAAAGCAACUGUGGUUCGGACGUGAUGUUUUAGGACGAAGAAGUCUUUUGUGGCAUCUCCCGGAAUCUUUGGAGGAUUUUUUCAUCUUAAGUUCUAUCAAAGCUGGUUCGCAUAAAUACACAGAAAUUCCAGCUGUAGGAAUUUUCCGUAUGAAAUUUGAAAAUUUGAAUUUGAAGACCUUACCAUACCAAUUAAUUCUUCAUCCUUGGAAAGAAGCUGUUUGGCCAAUGACUGGGGAAAACCUUGACGAUGUCUUACAAUCAAAUCCAAACAUUAUCUCUGGACUACACCCAGAAAUAUUAGAAAUUUCUUCACCAACAACAAACACAUUCUUACCUUCAAUUUGUAAAGACAUGCCAUCUUCAAACUAUGAGCAUCCACCAACAGAUAAAUUAGAUGUUUCUUAUUUAGACUUUUUGUUGAAAUCAGACUUGGGCCUCCAAACUGAAGCUGAGAAACUAAUUGACUUUUUAGGACAAUCUGUAAAUACUCGUAUCUUAAAUCAAAUCCCAAAUUCUCUAUUAAGUAGCAAAAAUUUAUCUUUUAAUACUUUGUCGAAAUAUAACAUUUCAUACAAGACAUGCUCUUCUGGAGAUGUAAUGGAACCAUUUUCUAAUUUGCAUUGUGGAACUGAUUCCGUUUCACAAUUACAUUCAAUUGAAGAAUCGAAUCCAGACCAUCUGGUUGUUUCUGAAGAAUCGCUGCCAUUGCAGGAGAAUAAUAGCUGUGAUUCCGAACAUAUUUCAUCUGAGACCAAAGUAAUUGAUCUUCACAAACCGACAAUUUACUUAGGAGAUGCUAAUGUUGCCAUUCUGUUCUCUGGUGGUCUUGACGCCGCUGUUAUUGCAGCUCUUGCUGAUCGAUAUGUAGAUCCAGAAAAAUCUAUUGAUUUACUCAAUGUUGCAUUUGCUUCACCUGGUUCAGAACAACAACAACAACAGAAGAAGAAAAAAAAAGAUAAAAGAAACAAUGGAUUAGGAGAUGAUCAUACAACAUCUGCUGAUAAAAACCCUUUCUUAGUCCCUGAUCGAUUGACUGGUUACACUGCCCUUGAAGAACUUAACCCUCGUAGAAAAUGGAACUUUAUUGAGAUUAAUGUAACCAAAGACGAGCUGCAAGAAAUCAGGCAGAAACGUGUGUCCCAUUUGCUCUAUCCAUUGUGCUCUGUAUUAGAUGACAGCAUUGGAUGUGCCAUAUGGUUUGCAAGUCGAGGCCUUGGAAUUCUGGGAAAUGGCCCCAAUAAAGGAAAGCUGUUUUACAGUCGAGCUAAGGUAAUUUUAUGUGGAAUGGGAGCAGAUGAGUUAUUUGCUGGUUAUUCAAGACAUAGAUCCUCAUUCAGUAAAGAUGGCUGGCAGGGUCUUAUACAAGAAUUGCAAACUGAAGUAAAUCGUAUAUCUGCACGGAACCUUGGGCGUGAUGAUCGUGUUAUAUCAGACCAUGGCAGAGAAGCACGUUUUCCUUAUUUGGAUGAAAAAUUUAUCAACUUCGUUGCUGAAAUACCUGCUUAUAAAAAGGUGGACCUGACUCUGCUGCGAGGUAUUGGUGAAAAGUUAUUGCUACGGUUAUGCUCGUUUAAACUUGGUUUCACUAAGACUGCUGUGCAGCCUAAAAGAGCCAUUCAGUUUGGAUCCCGCAUAGCGAAACUAGAAAAUUCAAAAGAGAAAGCAAGUGAUGUAUGUACUCGAUUAAAACCUAGCAGUUAACCACUGCAGUUCUUUAAACUA